GAUGAGGCGGGCAAUACAUACAGCCAGUUCCCGAGAACGAGAGACUUUUUUUUAAUCUCUCUCUUUUCUUUGGGUACUCCCCGUUACAGUAUAAAUACACAAAUUAACCCACCGCGGAGCCUUGAUGUCAUUCCAUCCCCCAGAACGCAAUCAAUAAUAUAUUACGAGACUGGAACUUUGAAGAGUGCUUUAAUACUUAUAUUUCGGAUAUCGUAAACUUGUCGGUGUCUUUGAGAAAUCUCUUUUUUGUUCUCUUCUAUACAACUAGCUUGACACAUCCAAGCACACACGUCCAACACAUACCACUUCGCUUGUCCUCUUCGGAACCAAGCUUAGUCACACUGCAUUGACCUCUUCUCAGCGGUUCGGAUCAAUCAUCCAAAGCGCCUGGCGAUUACUGUACAAAAUACAUCAUCUUUCCCCUGCGCUGCGGAGAAAGCUCCUCACCAAAUCGAAUUCCCUCUCUCCUGCAACUCUGCAACUCCCACAUCAAUCCGACCCUUUUUUUUAUCACCACUUCCGUAACGAAGUGCGAGAGAGCUGAGACUGUGAAAAGCGGCAUUUGUCGCAACCGAAUACUACAAAAACCAUCCAACCCCUCGCAAACCUUUGCGAAAUUUGAUCCCUCGAACCACACUUUCGCCAACACCCCCCCCCCCGGGACACCAUCCUGCUAUCAUCAUGAAGCUCCUCACCAAAGAACAAGAACAAGAACACUACCGGCAGACGCUCAAGGGCGGCACCAUCGGCGGCACGGUCGGCCUGGCCGUGGGCACGGUGGGCGUCCUGCUGGCGCAACGCCGGUACCAUUUCUUCCGCAACCUCACCCUCCCGCUCAAGGCCUUCCUCGUCACGUCGGCGGGCACGUUCGCCGGCAUCGUCGAGGCCGACCACUACAGCCGGGCCUACGAGAUCCAGUCCAACCCGAUCGACGUCGAGUUCCACGCCCGGCAGGCCGAGCGGGAGCGGGCCGAGAAGGCGGGCAAGACCUUCACCGAGAGGGCCAUGGACUUUGGCCGGAGGGAGAGGUACAAGAUCGUCGCGGGUUCCUGGAUCGCCAGCAUGGGCAUCGCCUUCGCCAUGGUCAACCGGAACAAGUACCUGACGGGCCCCCAGAAGAUCGUCCAGGCCCGUGUCUACGCCCAGUUCCUGACCCUCGGCGUCCUCGUCGCCACCGCCGCCUUCGAGAUCAGCGACAGCCGCAACUCCCAGGGCCGCUGGGAGACGGUCCGCUACAUCGACCCCACCGACCCCGACCACAAGCGCAUGCUGGAGAAGCAGGUCGAGCGUGACUCGCCCAGCCAGGGCUCCGGAAACGCCAACGACGACCUGUGGAAGGAGAUGGUCGCCGCCGAGGAACAGAGGAUGAAGGAGAGGGAGGCCCGCCACAAAGAGUACGCCUCAGCCCAUCACAACGACAACAACAACAGUCAUCAGAAAAAGUCGUCCAACAACAACAACAAGUCCAAGUCCAAGAAGGACGAGGAAAGUGGCAGUGGUGGUGCCGCCACCGAAGAAGAGAACAGCUCCAAAGAAAAGUGAAAUCGUCCUUACUUGAAAUCUCAAAAAGUAACUUGUUCACUCUCCAGUCGGUUCCUCGCUCAUGAUACUGGUGCCCUGCAUCCCCCCCCUUCAUCGAAACAAGUAAUCAAUCCACCUUUGGCAACCCAACAAGACUCGUCUUUACGGGAGUAUGGGGAGCCAAAAAAAAAGUGUGAUCAACCAAGUCAAAUUAGUCAAAUCAGCCAACUGUACAACAUACAUACAACCGACAUCGAGUCACCGCGCGCAGGAAGGGGGCCAAGAUGUAUCCCCCCAAAGCCAAACCUUUGUGAACAGGUCACUCUACCUGGACCUCGCUCGCUCUCCCUCUCUCAUCCAACUAGCCCCCCUUCCCUCGACCUGGACGGCCUCGCAAAGUUGGAAAAAUGCGCAGCUAUAUUAUGACACAUGGGCGUUUGGGAAAAUUUCCCGUCUGAUUAUCUCUUUGGGUUCCUUUUUUUUUCCGAGGCUCUUCUUGUCUUUAUUUAGCCUACUAAGCCUGGCAUGGUCCGUACGUAAUAUGUGUGCCUGAUCUCUUAACGACCGGUCAUGAGAACAUAGUAUUGACAGUAUAGAACUAAAAAAAACCCUUUUCUACACCACAUGGAUGCUCUGCUCCUUGUUUCGCCCGACGCCACUGCUAAUUCGAAUUCUACCUGAAUAGUUUGUACAUAUAAACGGCGAAUGCCUCCAACCCCCUGAUGACUCAGUCCAGUCCAGGUCCAAGCCUUGACAAUAGAUGAUUGCAUGUUCGCAUGAGCGCACCUUCAUCUUCAUCCGCAACGUCUUCGUACACCGACACUUGCCAGGCCGCACUCGCUAUUCGCGGUUCGCUUCUUCCAAGAGACCUUUGUCCAGCGCCAGCCAGUGGGAUGCAAUGCGCAGUCCACGGAUCCUCUCCAUUUCGAUCCGAUGCCAAUCCCAUUCCCCAGCGUGGUCGAUUUCGGUCGACGGCAUAAGUGGCUCGCCGGCGGUGAGCUCGUGGGUCACUCUCUCUGCAACCUCUUCGAGUUGAACCACGAUUGCGGAAGUGGCUUUGACGGCCGGAGCAGGAACGGGUGCGGGCAAGCCUUGAGGCACCGGCGUGGCCACCUCGGAAGAAUCCUCGGUCGAUGAGUCCAGCGAGUCCGGCACCAACGUCGGCGUGUCCGAGGGUCCCGAGCUCUCUCUGUGUUCUCCCGCCGCCCCAGAUCGGUACGUCUCUGGCUUUUCCGGCAACCAGCCUGCGGUCGUGAGGCACCUUUCCGGCGGCACCGUGAACCUCCCUUUCUUGACGACGUAUUUGCUCAGGGCAGAUGCGAGCACCACUUCCCCCUUUCCCCCUGUGGCGGGCCGGAUGAAAUAACUGACGACGACGAUCCAUUUCUUAUCCCAACCCAACACCCGCGACCGCACCUCGUAGCGUUCGUAGGGUUUGAUCUCACGGUGGAAGGAGGAAUGGACGCUCCCCAGGAUGACCGCGGACCGGCCUGUGUGUCCUUCGUCCUCUAGCGCCUUGAUUCCCCGGUCGCUGUUCGGCAUCAGCAGCCUCGUCAUCAGCGCCGUCCUGCUCUCGUCGAGAUCGGCAAAGUAUGUGCUGUUGCUCUUGUGGAGAUUGUAGUCCGUCUCCAGCAGCGGUGACCUGGAAAAGAUGGACACGUCUUCGAAGAGCGGGUACAUCUUGUCGGACUCGGCCGAAGCCUUGAUGGCACGCUGGACCUUUGCCGGAGUGAAGGAGUUGCGCACGAAGCGGUAGGCGAGGCGAAGGUGCCACGCCAGCGGGAGAGAUUUGAGAUUGAUCAGGGCGAAAACGAUUGCGAGGGUACGCCACGAGGCAAUCGUAGAGAGUGAAGGUGCCAUGUCUGCGAGCAUUGAUUCUGAUAAACGAGCGGUGGGAUCGAGUCUAUUACUCAACAGGUAGUUGAAAAAUAAGGAAUACAAGCAUGGAAAGAUGGACGAUACCGUUUGCUACGCGUAUAUGAUGCGCAUCUCUUCGGCCAAAGGAAUAGAUUGUACGAUAUAUACACAAAUAGGAGUCUAUGGUCAGAUUGAGGUUCGAUGAGAAAAUCGGAGUACCAAAGUCAUUAUUUAGAAAGUGACAGUCGCAAAUGCCUCGGCCUGACCAGCCAACAGCCCACCUACUUGCUGAUCAUGGCCAGUCUUUCCUACCUUAUACA